AGUUUUUUACCUGAAGGAGAAGAAGUAGGUCAGAGUUUAAAGAAUUACAAAUAUGGCGGGCCGCACCUUGUUUACGUUGAGUUGCAUUUGUAUAACUUGUGGGUUUUUAUGUAUGUUCGUGGCCUUUGCUUCUCCUUACUGGAUCAAGUCAUGGACCCGUGUACACAGCCCCAUGGCAAACGUGGGUCUUUGGCACGUUUGUCUUUCGGGUUACAUCAAACCUCGAGACCCAACUAUGCAUGCCUAUGUUGGCUGUUGGUGGAUUCACUCAACGGUAUUUGACGAUGCCAGCUAUAACAUUAUGCCACACUGGUUCCGAGCAGUGCAGGCUUUCGCCAUCUUCACACUUCUCUGUGAUCUUGGUUCGCUUCUUCUGAUUUUGCUCUAUUUGUCCCCCUACACCACUGAAACGGUCUACAAAGACAGGAAAAUGAAGCUUUUCAUUCUCAACUGUGUUCUCAAUGGGAUUGCAGCUGCCUUAGUCUUCAUGGAUUCCUUGAUCUUUGCCCAGAUGUCCAUUGACCCCAGCUGGAUGCCACGGCCCUGGAUGAACUAUUUGUCCUUUUCCUAUGGUCUCAAUGUCCUCUCUGGCUUCUUCAGUGCAUUUGCUUGCAUGUUUCUCUUUUUGAUGAUUGAUGUUAUUAAAACUUACCCUGAGAAAGAACCAUCCAAAGACAACAAAUUAGGUUUCCACUAAUUACUGCCAUCUGCAUUUAUGAUGAAUCAGUUAACCAAAGGACUAAUUAACAUCUUAAAAUUUCAUUACGAGUUUGGCAUGUUCUUACAGAUGAUGUCUGUCAACUUUGGACAAUAUUUUUUUACAUCAAAUUUUUUAUACAUUUAUUCUGAGAAAACAUUUGUCUUGGAUGUCAGCAGGUUGCCUUGUAUUAUAAACUGAAAAUGCUGUGUUAUUCACAUUUUUAAUAUUAUCAUCCAUUUUUGUUUUCUGAUUAAAUUUUAAUCUAAAACAUUUUAUAAUCUAAAGUUAGAUGCUUAUAGAUAAAAUUAUUUGUUAUCUGUAAAAAGUAGCUAAUUAAGCGGUUAUUCAUAAAAACUUCUUUCAAUAUUGAUAUCAUCGUUACAUGUCCAAUUAUGCUUUUUGAUUAUAUUAUAACAAUUAAGUUUGUUGGAUAGAAAAAGGUUUCUAAUUGGUUUUAAAGUUCUGAAUAUUAUUGUGCCUUAACCACUGCUGAUCCUUUACCAAUAAAACCAGUGGAAUGUUACAAGAAAAGGUUUGAAAUGUUUGUUCCAGCAGGUUACAGUCUGAGUUUGAAUCCUGCUGAGGCCAUCUUUACCUUUCAUCCUCCUGGGGGUCAAUAAAAUAAUAAUCCAGUCAAGUAAUGGAGUCCUUGUUAUUAACAAACUCCUUCCACUCAAAAAUCGUUGACCUCGUGUUAUUAUUAAAGGUGGCCAGCUGGCAGAAUGGUUAGCAUGUUCGGCAAAGUGCUUAGCAGCAUUUUCUCUGUCUCGAUGUCCUAAGUUCAAAUUCUACUGAUGUCAACUUCACCUUUCAUCCUUUUGUGGGUCGAUGAAACAGGUACCACUGUCAAUUACAUCAACUAACCCCUUCCCCCAAAAUUUCAGGCCUCGUGCCUAUAGCAGAAAGGACUAUUAUUAGUAUUAUUAUUAUUAUUAUUAUUAUUAUUCUAAUUUAGUCGGCAAGUAUUGUAUCUUGAGGCUUGGUGACAACAAGUCUCCUCAAAUCUCAAGAAUCUUCGUCAGGAUUCUUUCAGAAUAUAGGAUGGUACUUUUCUGCAGGUCAGCAAUGCGAAUUUUAAUUCCAAUCUUUUUCGGUCUUUUAGAGCAUUUUGGGAGUUGAACCAGGUCCACCAGUUACUACCAGGGCUGUGGAGUUGAAACAAAAAAAAUUUGGCUCCACGACUCUGACUCCACAACCCUGGUUACUACUGGAAUAAUUGCUGUCUUGGUCUUCCACAAUCUCCUCAGCUCUUUGGAUUGAUCCUGAUAUUUUUCAAUUUCUUUGGUAUCAACGCUGAGGAAUUG